UUCAGAAAAAGUCUGGAAGUUACAAGAGAGGCCAUCAAAGUUGUCUGACUUGAGCUUCGUUGAAAAUCUCUCAUAGGAUUGGAGAAAAGUGGCUGCAACACGGAAAAUCAAGAACAUUAACGACUUGAAGGCCUUUCCCCUUGAGGCGGUGGGGUUAAAACACCUCAGGAACGCUAUGACUCAUGAUUGCAGCAGGUUAUGUACAGCAAAAUGUUGCUCUCCUAAUUACUAAAGAAGCAGCAGGAGUUUAAUAAUAUUGAGACUACAGUAGUCAUUACAAGUUGCCUUUAGUGAAUUGAUUUGUAACAUUGUCGAGCUUCAUACAUAAUUCUUGUUUGCAUGUUCUGCCAACAAAUCUUAAUUUGCAGACAGAGUUAGGCAGCUAUGAUGUAUAACCGCUGAGCUAAUUUAUUGACAAGGACUCACAUGUGGAAAAAAAAAACAUGUAAUCUAACCAAGCGGGACGUUGGUUGGUGAGAAUAGAGAAGUGAGGGAGUGAUGAGUCUGAAAAAAAACACUCUCAGCCCGAGGAAGGAGGAAGUCACAGCAUAAAGCCAGGUGAAUGUAAUGAGAAGAAGUGGUGACCACAGUGUGAAGCUGCCUUCUGUCAAGAGGUAAAAUGUCUGUCGACGGCACGAAGCUACUGUUUGAGGGGUUUCUGCAAAAAAGAAAAGACAAUUUGAAAAUAAGAUGGGUGACCUACUGGUUCAGGCUUCAAAACACUACUUUGUUUUUUUAUACCAAGAAAAAUGGCAGCGCUUCACACUUAAGAGGCUAUUACUACAUUUACACAGUCCAGUCGGUGCGAGAGGUCCAGAGAACCGACAAGAAGCACUUUCUAUUUGAAAUCAUCAUGACCAAUGGAAAGAAAAAGAUGUUGGCAGCAGAGACAGCCGCCCUCAGAAAAGAGUGGGUUGGACACCUUUGGCAGGCAAUGCAGCUCUCCUCUUCUGGACUUUCGGACUCUAGAGACCCAGACCUUGAGAUGUUCGAUCAGCGAGGGAGUUUGAGCAGCAACAUGUCCAUCUCCCUGUGCAGCGACAGCAUGAGGGAGGUGCUGCCGACUCGCCCUUUCUCCACCUCCUCAGAGCACAUCUACUCAGAGACCGAGGGCCUCUCUUCGUCCAUCUGCCCACCUGAGGACAGCGAUGACGCAACAUACCAGAACCUGCGAAGACCCCUCUCCUCCAACAAGCCCACCGAAGACCCCGAUCAGUCCACUGAGAUGAGCUAUGAAGAGCAAAGACAGGACGGCCUCUAUGACGUCUUACCUGCCAGAAAAAGUACAUGUGAAGCCCCUCCAACACAAACACACGAUGCUGUGUACGACUUCCCUUUGUCUUACAAGACAUCUAGUGAGCAAGACGGAGUGUAUGACGUCCCCGUGUCUGACGACAGAGGCGGAAUCUACGACGUCCCCGUGUCUGAACGCAAAGACGCAGUCUAUGACGUCCCAGCCCAUCUGUUGAGGAAAAAGAGUGAUCACACUGAAGACAAGCAGCCAGAGGAGGGAACCUACUGGAGGAUAUGAAAAGAGGAAAACAACAAAUCAGGAGCACUUUUCUUUUCUACUCCACUCUAAGACUUGUGGAUCAAAACUUGUGCUGUGCAGUACCUUGUAUUCUAAUCGCAGUAUGAAUGUUUGCAGUAUUGCAAUUGCAAAAAAAACAAACAAACAAAAAAAACCCCAGACUGGAUGCGCUAUUCAGUAGGUGGUUGUAUUUUAUGUGCCCUGCUUGACAACAAUGUAUUUGAGCACUUGGAGUGACUUUUAAAGUUAAAUGGACCUGAAAGCUUUAUGAUGUGGAAGACAAGAUUGAGGAAAAUGUGAGUUAAUCACAAUCCGUAGCAUCACGGCGUGAUAUUCAUUAAUAACAUCAUAACUUUUUUCCCCUCUAAUAUUGUGCUUCCAGAGACAAGAUUUAUUUAUUUUUCUUACUUAAAACUACAGCUACGGUUAAAAGUUUGGCCAGGAACAGAGAUGUGAUGUUUUUGGCUUCAAAUUUAGCUUGUUUUUGUUGUAUCCUGAAGAAGAUUUAAAAACAUUUGUCAUGUUUUCAGUGACUGGGAUAAGAAGGAUGGCUUGUUAAGCUUACACCCCAUGCAUGGUUUACUCCAAUAGUGGAGUGACUCUUGCUGCUCUACAUACAGCCUUAUGUAGAGAAGUGAUAAACAGUGGACCGUUAAACUACA